AUGCGCGCGCCGCUAGUCGCCUUCGCCUGUGUCUUCGUGCUCCAAGCCGAGGUGUCGCGGGCCCAAACGAGCCUGCCCCAGAACGACCCGCCGUUCACGGGCAAGAUCGCCGAAACGUACGACGCCUCGCAGCCGAGCUACCCGCCGCCCCUGCGUGCUAAGGCGGGCAGUCCAAACGUGCUGAUCAUCCUGCUGGACGACGUCGGCUUCGGCAUGUGCAGCGCCUUCGGCGGGCCGGUGCCGACGCCGCACCUCGAGAAACUCGCCGAGAACGGCCUGUCGUACACGCGGUUCCACACCACCGCACUCUGCAGCCCGACGCGCGCCGCGCUGCUCGCGGGGCGCAACCACCAUAGCGUCGCCACCGGCGUCAUCAUCGAAAUGGGGACCGGCUACCCCGGCUACACGGGCGUCAUCCCGAAGAGCACGGCGCUCGUCUCGCAGAUGCUGCGCGACAACGGCUACGCCACAAGCAUGUUCGGCAAGUGGCACAACACGCCCGAGCAGGACAUCAGCCCCGCCGGGCCGUUCGACCGUUGGCCGACCGGCCUCGGGUUCGACUACUUCUACGGGUUCAAUCAGGGCGAGACGCACCAAUACUACCCGAUGCUGUACCGGAACACCGUCCCGGUCCCGCAGCCGAAGUCGCCCGAAGAAGGCUACCACUUCACCGAGGACAUGACCGACGAGGCGAUCGCCUGGGUCCGCAACACGCGGGCGGCCGAUCGCGACAAGCCUUGGUUCUGCUACUUCAGCACGGGGGCCGUCCACGCGCCGCACCACACGCCGCCCGAUUGGCAGGCGAAGUUCCGCGGCGCCUUCGACCACGGCUGGGACAAGCAACGCGAGCUCACCCACGCCCAGCAACUCGCGACCGGCGUGAUCCCCGCGGGCGCCAAGCUAACGCCGCGACCAGAAGGUUUGCCGGCGUGGGACGACGUCCCCGAAGAGGCGAAACCGGUCUACCUGCGGCUGAUGGAGAACUACGCCGGCUUCAUGGCGCACACCGACCACCACAUCGGCCGCUUGAUCGACAGCCUCGACGCGUCGGGCGAGCUCGACAACACGCUGGUCUUCUACAUCGUCGGCGACAACGGCGCGAGCCCCGAGGGCGGACUCCAAGGCACGUUCAGCGAACUGGCGAGCCUGCUCGGCAUCGACCUGGGCCUCGAGAGCACCAUCAACCGGCUCGACGAGAUCGGCGGCCCCACCAGCGAGCCGCACGUUCCGGUCGGUUGGGCUUGGGCGAUGGACGCACCUUUCGCCUGGACCAAGCAGGUCGCCAGCCACUUCGGCGGAACCCGCAACCCGUUGGUCGUGCAUUGGCCGAAGGGGAUCCGCGCCCGCGACGAACUCCGUACGCAGUUCCACCACGUCAUCGACGUCGUCCCGACGAUCCUCGAGGCCUGCGGCCUCGAGGAGCCAACCGAGGUCAACGGGAUCCAGCAGAAGCCGAUCGAGGGUGUCUCGAUGCUCUACUCGUUCGACGACGCCGAAGCCGACGACCAGCGCCUGACCCAGUACUUCGAGAUGAAGUGCAACCGGGCGAUCUACCACGACGGGUGGGUCGCCUGCAGCCGCUUCGGCGUGCCGUGGGACCGCGGGCCCCGUUCGGACGACUUCGUCAACGCGCCGUGGGAGCUGUACCACAUCGACGAGGACUUCAGCCAGGCGAACGACCUGGCGGAAGCCAACCCAACAAAGGUCGCCGAGCUGAAGCAGAAGUUCUCCGAGGAGGCGCGCAAGUACAACGUCUUCCCGCUCGACCCGCGGUUCACCGAGCGCUUCGACCCGAAGCUGCGCCUCGGCGCCGACCCGCCGACGUCUUGGACCUACUACGGCAACGACGUCUGGCUCCCCGAGCCGGUCGGCCCGCAGCUCUUCCCGCGGCCCCACAUGGUCACGGCGAAGGUCGUCGUGCCCGACGACGGCGCCGAGGGCGUCAUCGCGUGCGCCGGCUCCUUCUCGAUCGGCUGGAGCCUCUUCGUGCAGGACGGCAAGCCACGGUUCCGCUACACGGUCUUCGACAUGGCCGGCAUCGACGCCAACAUCGACAGCACGCGCGAACUCCCCGCGGGCGAGUCGACCGUCGGCUAUCGAUUCACGCCCGACGGAUCGGAGACCGGCGGAGGCCGGCUGGAGCUGCUCGUCAACGGCGAGCCGGCCGGCGAGGGGAAGAUCAACCGGUCGCUCUUCCGCCACGGGCUCGAACCCUUCGAAGUCGGCCGCGACUCGAUCACGGCGAUCGCCCCGGCGUACCGCGACCGCGGCGACUUCGAGUUCACCGGCGAGAUCGAAGAGAUCCGCUUCGAGAUCAACUGA